CUUAUUUUUAUUUUAGGCGGGCCUUUUUUGAAGGACCACGUUACCAUUCAACGUAUUGCAGCUUCCUCCAUUGUCACACUGUAUGUUACAGACCUAGGUCAACAAGUCAGUUGGACCACAGUAUUUUUGGCUGAAUACACAGGACCUCUGCUAAUAUAUCUCCUCUUUUAUUUGAGAAUCCCAUGUAUAUACGAUGGAAAAGAGAGCGCUAGAAGACUACGCCACCCAGUGGUACACUUGGCUUGCUUCUGUCAUUGUAUACACUACAUCCGAUACCUUUUGGAAACCUUAUUUGUUCACAAAGUGUCUGCAGGACAAACAACUUUGAAAAAUCUGAUAAUGAUUUGUGCCUUUUACUGGGGAUUUACUUCUUGGAUUGCCUAUUACAUUAAUCAUCCACUAUAUACACCACAAUCAUUUGGAAACAGGCAAAUCACAGUAUCUGUUAUCCAUUUUCUGAUGUGUGAAGCUGGGAAUCAUUUCAUCAAUGUAAUGCUGUCUCAUCCCAAUCACAUAGGAAACAAUGCCUGUUUCCCAAGUCCAAAUUAUAACCCCUUCACGUGGAUGUUUUUCCCGGUUUCAUGUCCUAACUACACCUAUGAGACUGGAUCAGGGAUUAGUUUCACAGUCAUGACACAAACACUGCCAGUUGGAAUUUUUACACUUCUGAUGAGUAUCCAGAGGUCUUUGUGGGCACAAAAAAAACAUAAGAUUUAUCUGAGAAAAUUCAAUUCAUAUAUUCAUAGAAAAUCAGCAAUGAUUUCAUUUAUAUUGUAAAAAAUAACUUAUCUUCUAAAGAAAACGUAAAUUCAAUAUAUAAAUUAAAUAAACAAGACUUAGUUAAGGAUAGUUAACUAUUAUAUUUCAACAAUUUAUGAGCAACCGUAUUUUUACUAAGUAAAAAUAUAAGAGUAAAAUUUCACUAAAUUUAGAGUAAUACACAAGGUAGUAAAAAGUAAAAAUUACAAAUACAAUUAACUAAGAACAGCUCUGGAUAUAUAUACAUGGGAUUGACCCUUGAAUAAAAUUGUCUUCAGUAAUACUUCACUAUACUAUUUGCAUAAGACAAUUAAAAUAUCACAGCAAAAAACAAAUCUAAUU